AUGAACCCUAAUAACCACGACUUUGAGUUCGCCCAACGCGGGCUGGUAGCACCUUUACAGGAUCCAAUAAUCCAUUCAGACAACGAGGAGAUAGUUGUCUGGAAUGCGCAAGCUUAUGAUUUCCUUGAGAGCGAUUGUCCCGAAACUGCCAAUCCCUCUCUAUGGAGACAGGGCCAGCUCUGCAGCACCACGCCUGGUCUCUAUCAUGUUGUUGACGGUGUUUAUCAAGUACGCGGGCUUGACUUGGCCAACAUGAGUAUUGUUCAAGUCCCUAAUACAAAUAAAAUCAUCAUUGUCGACUGCUUGACCUCUAUUGAAACCGCGCGCAAAGCAGUUGAGCUAUACCAGGAGUACCAUGAAACUCAACAUGGCCACAAACCUGAAAUUAUCGCUCUUCUGUAUACCCAUUGCCACGCCGACCAUUUUGGUGGCGCACAGGCCGUCAUAGAACUUGCAAAUAACCCGGAUCUUCGAAUUGUUGGUCCAGACGGCUUUCUCAAACACGCAGUGAGCGAGAAUGUGUACGCAUGGGCAGCAAUGUCCCGUCGGGCCAUUUACAUGUAUGGAGAAGCAUUGGAUAAAUCGCCCACCGGCCAGAUCGGCUGUGGCCUUGGACAGGCUUUGUCCGUGGGGGCAAGCAGCUUAGUUGCACCAAAUCAGAUUAUUACAAAAGAUGGUGCGCUCAGGCCAGGCAUUCAGGGCUUGGAGAUUGUCUGCCAAUUGACGCCGGGUACGGAAGCUCCUGCGGAAGUAAACUUCUUCUUCCCGGGUUACUCUGCUCUCUGCAUGGCUGAGAACGCAACCCAUACGCUGCACAAUAUCCAGACGCUGCGAGGUGCGCCAGUUCGUGAUGCUCGACUUUGGUCACGGUACCUUGAUGAAUCCAUCACUCUAUUUGGACACAAGACCGAUGUGGUGUUCGCCACCCACCAUUGGCCCACCUGGAAGCAAGGUGACGAAGAUUUAGUCAACAUCUUCCUAUCAGAACAGCGCGACUACUAUGCCUAUCUUCAUAAUGAAACGCUUCGAAUGAUGAAUAAUGGCAGUACUCCCGUGGAAAUUGCAGAAGAGAUUCAAACACCUCCAAACUUGGCUUCGCGGACAAAUCUGCGCGGCUACUAUGGCUCUGUCAGUCACAACGUCAAAGGAAUCUACGACAAGUAUAUGGGCUUCUUUGAUGGCAACCCGGCAAAUCUAUGGAAGCUCCCUCCUAUCGAAGAGGCAACCGAGUACGUUCAGUCCAUGGGAGGAAGUGACAAAGUUUUGCAGCUGGCCCGAGAUUACCAGGCCCGCAAAAACUUGCGUUUCGCAGCAACUCUUUUAAACCACCUUAUUUUCUCACAGUCUCCCAAUCAAGACGACGCAAAGUCUGUGCUAGCCGAGGUCUAUCAACAGUUGGGAUAUGGGGCAGAAAAUGGUACCUGGCGCAAUUUUUAUCUUGUUGGAGCUUACGAGUUGAGAAACGGAUCUCAGCCAGUGCCCAAUACAAUGGAUUCCCAGUCUCUGAUGGCUCUUAGUCUAGAGCAACUGUUUGACACGCUUGCCAUACGUCUGUAUGGGCCAGAUGCGAGUAAACAUGCUGGUGUCACCAUCGAUUUCAUGGUGCAAGGCAUGCCGAAACGAUUAGAAACGACAAAGGUCGGGUGGCAUGUAAGGCUAAGCAACGGUGCCAUGACUGGACACGCCGUCCCAUAUGCGUCUCCUCCGGAGCCCCGGGAUAAGGACGUCGGACUUACGGCAUGGACCGACCACAAGACUCUCGUUCAGAUAGUUGGGAGUGCAGCAGCCGGUAUGCCCACCAAGCUCGACCAAUAUGACCUUAUUACUGUGGGCGACACCGAGAACUGGGAUGUCAUUACGUCUUUCGUUCAAGUUCCUGACUCCGCGUUUAACAUCGUCACACCCUGA